AUGGGACCUUUCCCCCCGUCGUACUCAAAUCAAUAUAUCUUGGUGGCCGUUGACUAUAUCUCUAAGUGGGUGGAAGCUAUUGCAUUGCCUACUAACGACACGAAAGUGGUGAUAGAGUUCUUGAAGAAGUACAUAUUUACAAGAUAUGGUACACCAAGGGCAAUAAUAAGUGAUGGGGGCAAGCACUUCAUAAAUCUUCAAUUAGUGCAGCUGUUGAACAAAUAUGGGGUGAAACAUAAAGUAGCAACUCCAUAUCAUCCACAAACCAAUGGGCAAGUUGAAGUUUUGAACAGGCAGUUAAAGAGAAUAUUGGAAGUUACAGUGAACUCAUCCCGAAAAGAUUGGUCUAAGAAGCUUGACGAUGCACUUUGGGAAAGCGUGUCAUCUACCAUUGGAGUUGGAGCAUCGAGCAUAUUAGGCUAUGAAACAGUUGAAUAUGGAUCUCAAGGCUGCUGGAUGCCACCGAAGAGAACAUCAAAAGGUAAAGAAAAAGUUGGUUCCUCCUCCGGCACAGCCCGCACCAGAGAGCUAGUAGGAGGUGUGCGAAGAUUCCGUGAUGCUGAAACAUUAGCUCGAUAUGAGAACAUAAUACACCAUUGGGGCAUGAUACCAGAUAGACAAGUCCAGUUAGAUGAUUUCCGUGGUUUUAAGUUGCCAAAUCUGAUACAAAUUUGA